CGGUGGGUGUCCUUCGAUGACCAGGAAAAUUUAGAAACUAGCAGUCAACUCUGUGUAGGUAAAUCACGGAAGCUCGGAGGAGCGCGUAUGCUUUGCCGAGCACCAGUUCUGGCAUGGCGAUGGUGGUCCAGCGCACGGAGGCAGUUUCAUUAUUCAUUUUUCGUGCUUCAACCCUCCCGGUUUAGAACCGAGGAGGAUGCUUUGUUAUUUCAAGUAAACGUUCAGGAAAGCUGGAUCUCGGGAGCGAUCAAGCUGGUUCUGAGUUUGAGCCAUGAUAGGGAGAAGUUCUCUUGAGAAUGUGCAUUGCUUGUGUGCCUCUGAACCAGAGUGAGUGGGGAUGCGGCGAGUGUAGGUGUAGUCACAGGGCGUCUCAGUUCACGGUCUUGUGGUGGGAGCACCUGAUUAGUGGUUGCAGCCAGUGUAGCAGGCUUAGCAUUUCCUCUCUCUGGAACCUUCAACCUGCCGCGCUUCAGCAAUUUUCUCCGCGAAGGAAGUCACUAGUUUUUGUGCCAUGCUGAGUGCGCGGUUCCUAGACGAAGGAUUUAGUGAGUUAGCUACUUGUCACAAGAUCACUUGCUGCGCUGUAAGGCUGCGGACUGGAUCUUCUUGCUUCGCCGACCUGGGCCACAAUUGAAUCCAUUUGAUUUUUUGACGGAAAGCGUUCAACCCAACUUGGAAGAGGAGCAAACGCUCUAAUCCGAAUCCUAGAUUGCGAAAGAUCUAGUGUAAAAACUAAAAUUCUGCGAGCCGUACCUCAUAAUUGCUUCCAACAGCAGUUUGUCGUCUACACAACAGGCCCUGUGCAGUUGAUUAUCAUCAACUUUUGAAGCAAUGGCGGGUUUGAAGGUAAAGGAUUUACUUAGUGAAUUAGAGCCCUACAGUUCCAGACAGUUUGAUCUGAUGAACCCUCUGAUGGAUCUCACGUCCGAUCACGAGAAUACCAUGAGGAAGUACCUCGGUUUAUCAGGAGGAGAAUCUUGGCCUCUGCUGGCUGAGUAUUUGGGAGUUGCGUUGGCGUUUGCAGCGCUAGGCGCUCUUAUACGAGAUGCACAUGGCACCGCAGUGAAAGAAGAAGUGAACGAUGAUUUCCAGAAACCUCAGAGACCAGCUAUCCAAACCAUGCUGAAAGGGGCGAUGGAACGGCUGCAGUAUUUAGCCCAGAACGCGCAAGACCUAGAAGAGAGACUGACAAACUGGGAUCACGUGAAGGCAAGUUUCGUGCAGAAAUUAAACACUGCCGAGGAAGAGAUCAAAGAAUUGAGGGUCAGAAGGGCAGAGGAUGCCAAAGCCAAUGACAAAGUCGCGCAAAUAUACGCUACUCGAGAACAGGGAUGGAAGUUCGAGAAGAAGAAGCUGCGUCAUGAGAUCGAUAUCCUGAAGAAGGAUCCGACUAUUCAAGAGGCAAGUGAACUUCACACACUUAAAGCUAGUCUGCGAAAGAGACAAUGCGAAGGGUGCGAUGCUAAGAAGAGACGGAUAAGAGAGCUAGAGAAGGCCAUUCUAGAGAAAGAGGAUGUGGCGUUGACGGCAAAGGAGAAUGUACGAACCAAAGGUGAAGAAAUUCGUGUGCUGACCUCUAAUCUUGCAGCUGUUACUAAGACUGUCGUCCAGGUGAAUGAGCAACUAAGGAUAGAGUUGGCUAAUUCAGCCGACCGUGAAACUAUCCUUGAUGAAGUCAGAAACAGGCAACACGAAGCCGAAUGUCAAUUGGCGAAAGCGGUAGAGGAGCUCGAUAACACCAAAACACACCUUCAAGCUUUGAGUCUAGUAACCGAAAAGCAUUCGGAAGUGACUCGGAGUCUCAUAUCUGAGUUAGCGAUACUCCGGCAAGAGACUGAGGACAAGGAUGUUAUGAUCUCCACCAUGCUGGAGCGUUCAGAAGUUGAGAAACAAGAGAAAGAGGAUCUUGCCCGGCUUAUUGCGGGUGCUCAGGCAGGAAAAGAACUAGGUAACGCUCAAACAACUCAAUGGCGAAGAGUAGCUGAGGAUAGUACUCGGAGAAACCUCUUUGCCGGAGUUCCAUAUGCGGGUAGGUCCGGACAUCGGAAUCAUCGCAGUUUAGGAAAUCCAUCAGAGCUGGAGGAAGUUGCAGCUCUUCAGAGAUUUCAGCCUUGGGAGAUAGACAGUCUUCUCGCCCCAUGUAGCGCAGGUUCAACACCUAAUGGGGCCUUGUUGCCAGGUAUUCAAGAUCCGUCAUCAGAUCCGGAAAUUGUCGCAAGGUUUGAGAUGGUGAAGCGGCGGCAAACCAUGUACCUAGAGGAUAAGCACUGGACUCAGAUUGAGAGUUUUGAAAGGCAACUGCGAGUCAAAGACGAGAGGCUAUCCGUAUUUAGGUCAAAGCUAAUAGCUCUCGAGUCAGAACUGGCUCAAUCACGGAAGGAAGGAGAUGAGUGGGAUUCUUCAACAGCUGUGGAGGUUUGCACAACGGGAAUCAAAAGCAAACAAGUUGGAUCAACCUCGCCGAAUCUUAUGGAAGUUCUCGAGCGUGCGGUUUAUACCGGAGAGGCAAUGACAUAUCAAAGGUCAUUGGAAAAGCUACUGAUUGAGCUUAAAAAUGUCACGGACAAGCUUAGUCAGAAAAAUGCCGAACACAACUCUAUCGUUAAGAAGAUGGCCGAGAAUGCUAAGGCAGACCUUCAAAACAAGGAUAUGCAGUUGACUGAUCUGCAAACAAAGUUGUGCCAAGUGCAGCAGCAGCUUAAUGAAGUCAGAUUGGCUAAUGAAAUGUCUUCAUCUCAAAAAUGUGAAGAGGAGAAGUUUUUGGCGAAUAUGGGCUUGUUCCACGAACCAAAAACAGAAGAUGUUCAGUUUUCCUCUCCGUGCUACGUUGUGGAUUCAAGAAUGAAAGUAUCUGAACGGCGACUACACACCGAAGAGUCCGCCCUUCAGGAGGACUCUGCCUCUGCCUCUGCCAAACUGCUCACUAAGCUGAAAGACAUGUGCCUGAAAGAGGACAAUCCCCCGGCCUUAGUGCGGUUUCAUAGGCAACUGGAGUUGAACAGCUCCGAUGAUUUUGUGUUUUCGUCAGAUGAUUGCUGGUUGAUCGCUGAACCAAAGACAAGUGAAAUGUUGUCGGGAUCACAGCCAGAAAACGUGUCUCAUUUCGUUUGCGAGGAUAAGGGUGUCGUUAUUUCGAAGAACUCUCCACAAUCGCCGUGCCAAAGGGACACGAUACCUCUAGGAAUGGGGACGAAUCCACAGAAGACUGUCAACAAGCAACCUUUAAGCCCCCAGGCAGGGACUUAUUCUUCAAUUGUGGAUGAAGCCGUUUUCACACAGGCGCCUUCGAAAGGCAAGAAAAGCACGCGACCCGCCAGACUUGAUAUGUUCGACGUGCUAGAGGAUCACAAGCCUCAACGCAUCUUGUUCCAUGAGCCAGAAGACUCUCAUAUUCCAAUAACCAACCCCACUUUCGUGACUGAAGAGAGUGAGGAUCAGUUGGCAUUGGGUGAAGCUAGGACUACGUCGCGCACACGAGAAGACAUGCAGGUGUUGGGAUUGGCUUUGGAAGUGAAAAGCAUAGAACAGAAACUUUCAAAAUUGAAAACCUCUACUGUAAAUGCUCAGCCACCAGCUCCGCGACCAGCAAGGAGCGUCAAAGGUUCAGUUCAACAGAUGGGUGAAAAACAAACGAAUCGAUACUGUGGACUUGCAGGGAAAUUUAGUCAGUUUGCUAAACAAAUUGGGUUGACAAAAUCUAAUCGGAAAGUGGCAGCGAAUCCCCCGAUUGAGGUGAAGAAAGAAUCGUCUCCAGUCCUCCAGUCCGAUCUAUGUUUACGAAAGAACCCUUUGUUCUUUCAGGAAACUUCAGCUUUUGAGCUUGCCUCUCUUCACAAAAGGGCGGAGACAGUCGGUAGAAAUCUUGCUGCGAUAAAAGCCAAGCUGGAGAGGGAAAAUAGUCUAGGUUUUUGUAAGGACUACAAGCCUUCUUUGCAUAGUAAGGGCAAGUUACUGGACACUGUCCGAAGUCAUCUCUUUCAGGUUCAAGGAGCACUUCGGAACUCGAAGCCAACAAAGACAACGUCUGCACCAAGGUCGCCUUCACUCUCGAAAUCGAACCAGUGCACUGCGCCCAAAGCUCUAACUCCGCGCAAGCUCUCGUCUACAACUAAUCCAUCAACGCCCUCUGGAAAACGAUAUUGCUCCACGAAAACAUUGACACCUCCUGGGCGGAUCACUUCGUCCAAACAAGCAUCGAGCCCUCCCGAGCGUUGGGCAGGAUCUGCUACCAUACGAACACCUCCCAAAACCACGAUGAGAGAGCUUUUGAAGGACGACUCCAGGACCAGGGCUGCCUUUGGAAGGCGAGAGACCAAGCCAGCAAUGCAUGAUCAAUGGACAAGAAAAACCUACACCCAGGAUUCACUACGAAUGGACUUGGAGCACCUGCGAUGAAAAGGCAUUUGAAGACGUUUGCAAGUGUGUGAACCUUCACCCAGAAUCAGCCCGUGAUCGAUGGGGGCAAGUCUUCGUGAGGUGUGACACUAGGUUCUGGAACACAUGCUAACAAUUUUGGAGAGAAGUGGCGACCACAGAUGACUAACCCUGUGUUAAAGAACACAAACUAGUCUUUCCUCGAGUGAAGAGAAAAUAAGUUCAUCAACCACGUGACCACCAGUGAACUUCAGCAGCCGCUCUCGGCCGUCAAGCUCUUUUGUAAUCUUUAUCUCAGAAGAAAUCUACGGGGAUGAGAAAAGUGCAACCGCGGAUGAGGAGGGCAAACCAUUUGUGCGGUGAGAAGAUGAUUAUUAGGGUACAGAAGGCAAAUCACUGUCGUAUUCUAAAUUGUAAUUACACUAAUACUGUAGGAUGGUACAUGCAGGUGCCGCAUCUGAUUUCUUUGUUGGAGUAUCGUCCUGUCCCUGUAGACAAGUGAUCUGGUACUAUUCAAUGAUUGUUGAAACAAGGAUAUGUACAGUAGCUUUAGUAACUCCAAUCAAAUGUAAAUUUGCUAUAUUAGCAAAAGCAACUCUUUUGACAGAAAAGGAAUGAUGUUCUCUUCUUUGAUGUA